UGCAAGACGAUUGAAUUGAACGUGUCGAGGAUCGGAAGACAAGCGAAUACAAUAACCUUAACGCGGCCGAAAUACGCGAUUCUUUUCCGAUGCUCCACUUCGUAUGCUGCAAGAACACCGCGCAGCCCGGGCGAGUUAAAUCGCGACUCAAUUUAAAUACGGCCAAUUGUUGCGAAAUGCUGACUCGGCGAAUCGGACGUACCGCAUAAACCGGCGAUUAACCAGAACGGACAUUAUUAGUAGUGCGAAAGUAUCUCAACGUUAUGCCGAAGACGAAAGAUCCCUUCGGAGAGGACGCGUCGCUCCUUUACCCGGACGGACGUGAUCAGUACGCGAGAUUCAGGGACACGCCGGAAACACCGAUAAUCAAAGGCGUGGUGAACCAGCUGAGGAAAUGGCCAAUGGACGUGUUCUUCGCGUUCCUGGCAGGUUGCCUGAUCGUCGCUGGCCUAGUGCUACUGACUAUUGACACGGUGGCAGUUUGCGUGCCCGCUGUUCUCGGUAACAGUGUGGAAGAAAUUUCGCUUCUCGAGACGAAGUUGUCGCUCAACGUGUACUUUUUCAAGCUGGACAAUCAGAACUGGUCGACGAAGGAUUUUUGUUACAUCGAAACAGCGGCUCGAAGACAUCCCGAUUUUAACGUAUAUUUGAUAAAUUUGAUGAGGGAAGAACCUAAUAAGGCCAGCCCGGAUCGAUCGACUAUAAAUAGAACGAGGCUGGAAUCUAAACUGACCGACUCGAAUGACUAUCAUUCCCCGACACUGACUCCGGAGGACAGGCUCAGGCAACGAUUGGUUCUCGGUAAUGGGAAUAUAAGGAACGUCAGCGUGUCGGUCGAUAAAUUCUUUAAAGGCACAGAGCUAUCGAAAGUUGCGAAAGAGUUGGACGACGAGGUCUUGGAAAUCGCAGCGAAAGCGCAAUUACUAUGGAGCGUGCCCGGAAUCACACUCAGGCCGCACAUGUUCUGCAGUCUGGACUCCGUGAAAAAUUAUCUUUGCAACAAUACGGACAAGUGUUUGCCGGAUGGACUAGCGACUAUCGAGCUCGACAAUGAUAUUCAACUAACGGGAGUACCGUGCCAAGCUUUCAUGGGGUUCGUCGUUCAGGAAAUAUCGAGGCAUAAUCAUAACGGAAGAUACACAUUGAGAGAAGCGAUGGAGAAAUACUGUCCAAGAUUGUACUACUGUCCGGAAAUCCGAAUUUUGGCCUCGAAACCAUGUCCGUCGGAUUCAUUGGACUGUCCGAUCGUCUACUCGAGUAUACUGAUGCGCAUCACGUGACGACUGAUUAUAUUUUAUUACAAACUGUACACACACUCUUAGCUUAUAAAAUAUAAUUUUAAAGAAAACGUA